GUUUUUUUAUUUUUUCAGGUCAUGUAGGAAAUCGUAAAUCAUGUGAAGAUGGGACUCUUGGUAUUUGUGCGCAAUCUGCUGCUAGCCCUCUGCCUUUUUCUGGUAUUGGGAUUUUUGUAUUAUUCUGCGUGGAAGCUACAUUUUUUCCAGUGGGAGGACUCCAAUUCAGUGGUUCUAUCCUUUGACUCCGCUGGACAAACACUAGGCUCAGAGUAUGAUCGGUUGGGCUUCCUCCUGAAGCUGGACUCUAAACUGCCUGUGGAAUUAGCCACCAAGUACGCAAACUUUUCAGAGGGAGCUUGCAAGCCUGGCUAUGCUUCAGCCUUGAUGACUGCCAUCUUCCCCCGGUUCUCCAAGCCUGCACCCAUGUUCCUGGAUGACUCCUUCCGCAAGUGGGCCAGGAUCCGAGAAUUUGUGCCGCCUUUUGGGAUCAAAGGUCAAGACAAUCUGAUCAAAGCCAUCUUGUCAGUCACCAAACAGUACCGCCUGACCCCGGCCUUGGACAGCCUCAGCUGCCGCCGCUGCAUCAUCGUGGGCAAUGGAGGUGUCCUUGCCAACAAGUCUCUGGGGUCACGAAUUGAUGACUAUGACAUUGUGGUCAGACUGAACUCAGCACCAGUGAAAGGCUUUGAGAAGGACGUGGGCAGCAAAACUACACUGCGCAUCACCUACCCUGAGGGCGCCAUGCAGCGGCCUGAGCAAUAUGAACGCGAUUCUCUCUUUGUCCUCGCUGGCUUCAAGUGGCAGGACUUCAAGUGGCUGAAGUAUAUCGUCUACAAGGAGAGAGUGAGUGCAUCAGAUGGCUUCUGGAAAUCUGUGGCCACUCGAGUACCCAAGGAGCCCCCUGAGAUUCGCAUUCUCAACCCGUAUUUCAUCCAGGAAGCUGCCUUCACCUUCAUUGGACUGCCCUUCAACAAUGGUCUCAUGGGCCGCGGGAAUAUCCCGACCCUUGGCAGUGUGGCAGUGACCAUGGCACUACACGGCUGUGAUGAGGUGGCAGUCGCAGGCUUUGGCUACGACAUGAGCGCACCCAAUGCACCCCUGCACUACUAUGAGACUGUGCGCAUGGCGGCCAUCAGAGAGUCUUGGACACACAAUAUUCAGCGAGAGAAAGAGUUUCUGCGGAAGCUGGUGAAAGCACGUGUCAUCACUGACCUGACCAGUGGCAUCUGAGGUGGGCCCAACACGUAGACAAAGAGGUCCCGGCGCCACCAAGAGCAAGCAGCAGCCAACCACCUGCCCACUUCAUUGGCCUUGGUCUAGCUCUGCCUUAGAGGUGCAAGAGUCUUCACACCCAGAGAUGGACAGUGCCAAGUGGCCCCAGGGGUGGCAAAGCCUUGGUGGGGCAGCCAGAGCUGUGUCUGCUCAGAGGCCAGCCUCAAAGACCAGCACUUGGCCUCACUCUCAGCCUAGGUCCUUGAAGCCAGAGAACCAGGAGGCCACCGGCCAUGCCCAGCAGGCCCAGCAUGCAGGAGGUGGACAUUAGGCAGCAAGGCUGCUGUCAGAAUUAUUUCUCGAAUCGGUGUUUGGUGUAUUAUCAUUUUGUGAAUUUGGGGGAGGGGGGUAGGGAUAAUUUAUUUUUAAAUAAGUUUGGAGAUGUCAAGUUUGGUCCACUUGCCAUGCAGAAAGAAGCCCACUAGAGGGCCCACCAGGCAGUGGUACCAGUGGGCUCCCUGUAGAGUGGGAGUGCCAUUACUUGCCUGUACUAAGCUCCAAGGCCACAGGGAGGGGCAGGAUCUCAUGCUAGGCCCCUCUAGCUCAUGGCACUGUUUGGCCUUUCUUGGGGAGACAAUGGGGUAUUCCCAUGCACCAGCCCCUAGCUGUCCCACAGGGAAACCCUGGAGCCAUCCUUUAAGCCAACAAGAUAGCCUCUGGCUAGAGCAGAGGGAACUUCAGAGCUCAGAAGGUGAUGCCUGGCCCAGCCAAUGGGAAUGGCCUCUUCCCCAGCUGCUACUGAUCCAUAGGACAGUGCCCCAAGCCUGGACUGACCAACUUGGCAGCCAGGUCUUUGGGUUCUGCCUUUAGGCUGGACCAGAGGGAAGUGAGGCUCAAGGACCUUACCCAGGCUGUGGCAGCCAUCCUGGGCAGCCAUCAUGGAAGCAAUAAAGCUCUUCCCUGAACCUGA